CCGCGGGUGCAGACGUGCCUGACGCGGAGGGAUGGGGCGGCGUUGCUGAGGGGAGGUGCGGCCCUGAGGCGCAUGGAGUCUGUUGGCCGAGGGAGCUGGGCGGCCCCGGACGUGAGCGGAGCCUGUACUGAGGAGGCGCCUCGGCCGGGCGCACGGCCGCGACCUGCAGCUGCUCGGUCCUGCGCGCGGCGCUUCUGUCCCUCCGGAUCCGGGCGGAACCACUCUGCCGGGUCCCGGCUUCCGGGGGGACUCGCCGAGGCUGACAAGCGGGCGGGCGCGGGGGCGGGACUUCCGCCCACGGUUCCGGCGCCGCCUCCGGGCGUCUCCCCGCAACCCCCGGACUCCCGGCGGUGACGCGGCGCCCGGGCCUCGGCGACAGGGCGACCGGCCGAAGAUGGAUGCACAGAGCUCAGCGAAAGUCAGCACGAGGAAGAGGAGGAAAGAAGUACCUGGACCCAAUGGGGCAGCAGAGGAAGACGGGACGCCUCCCAAAAUGCCGCGCUGUGCAAUCGGCUUACGGCAGCCAGCUCCUUUUUCUGACGAAAUCGAAGUGGACUUCAGUAAGCCCUACGUCAGGGUGACCAUGGAAGAGGCCAGCAGAGGGACUCCGUGUGACCGGCCCGUGAGAGUCUACGCAGACGGCAUCUUUGACUUGUUCCACUCCGGUCACGCCCGGGCUCUGAUGCAAGCGAAGAACCUCUUCCCGAACACCUACCUCAUCGUGGGAGUUUGCAGUGACGAGCUGACACACAACUUCAAAGGCUUCACGGUGAUGACGGAGAGCGAGCGCUACGACGCCGUGCAGCACUGCCGCUACGUGGACGAGGUGGUGAGGAACGCGCCCUGGACCCUGACGCCGGAGUUCCUGGCUGAGCACCGGAUCGACUUUGUAGCCCAUGACGACAUCCCGUAUUCUUCUGCCGGGAGCGACGAUGUUUACAAGCACAUCAAAGAAGCAGGUAUGUUUGCCCCAACGCAGAGAACAGAAGGCAUCUCUACGUCAGACAUCAUCACUCGGAUUGUCCGCGACUACGAUGUGUACGCCCGACGGAACCUGCAGAGGGGCUACACGGCCAAGGAGCUCAACGUCAGCUUCAUCAACGAGAAGAAAUACCACUUGCAGGAGCGAGUCGAUAAAGUGAAGAAGAAAGUGAAAGACGUCGAGGAGAAGUCCAAGGAGUUCGUGCAGAAGGUGGAGGAGAAGGGCAUCGACCUCAUUCAGAAGUGGGAGGAGAAGUCCCGGGAGUUCAUCGGCAGCUUCCUGGAAAUGUUCGGCCCCGAAGGAGCCCUGAAACACAUGCUGAAAGAAGGGAAAGGCCGGAUGCUGCAGGCCAUCAGCCCCAGGCAGAGCCCCAGCAGCAGCCCCACGCGCGAGCGCUCCCCGUCCCCCUCCUUCCGGUGGCCCUUCUCUGGCAAGACGUCCCCACCCGCCUCCCCGGCCAACCUCUCUAGGCACAAGGCCGCAGCCUAUGACAUCAGUGAGGAUGAAGAAGACUAGCUCCUCAUCCCUCACGUCCUCUCUCCUCCAUGCUCCACCGCCUUCCGAAGCUCUCUGAAUUUCAGAUCGCGAUUCCAACACCGAGCCCAAGGACAGCCACAAAGCAGAGACGACUGGGGCCGGGGACCGGACCUGGGGCCAGACUGCCCACACCGAGGAGGAGGCUGACAACUCGAAGCCUGCUCUGCGUCCGGGACUCUGCCGCGUUGCUCAUGCUCGUGUGAUCUUGACAGGGACAUUGCCUUUUGUAUUAAUUUUUUUAAAAAUUAAUCUUUCAAGUGUAGCAAGUGGAUUGGUUUUGUUUUGGUUUUUGCCCCCAAGAAGUAGGGCAGAAAGAAGUGGUACCCAGAGGCCUUUUCUCCUUGAUCCGCUGCAGUGUUUGCCUCUGUUCUGGGCAGACUGGCUCGCCCAGUCCUUCAGGCCAUGAGCCACGCUGACGGGCGAUCUGGGAAGAAGUGCCACCAUUCUGGCUGCCUUUAAAAAAUAGCUAAUCAAGCAAACAAAAACCCAGCUGUGGUCACAAACCCGAGCGAGUGAGUGGCCGGCACACUUGUCGGUGUGGCUGUGGCGAGGGGAGGAGCCUGGCUCCUCUCACUCGCUGAGGAGCUUCUUGUCGGACCCAGUGGGGUCCAUUUGGAUGCCGAUGGGGACGGAAACCAGGCCGCGUGGCGCUCGCUACAGCUUCUCCGCGUGUCCAUGUUCUCAGAGGACGGUCGCCCGGUUGUGUGGGAGCUCUUGUCAGUCUUACUCCUGUCACCUGCCCUGCGGGAGGAAGGGCCGCUCUCAGGGUCGCUGGGGUUGAGCAGGGCCGGGAGCAGUGCUAGUCCUUGCCCAGUCGGUUCAGAUCAGCUUGCAGUCGGGAGAGAAGCCCUGGCCCUGCUGCUGCCACUUGACUGUCUGUCCUCUCGCUCUUUUCCAAGGAGGAUCUGCACUGUCUGCGGCUGAGCCUCAUCUGAAGCUGUGUUGCUUUUAGCCUUACUGAGAAUCCCAGGAAACUUGCACAGAACUCAGACACACUUGAAAGCGUGAAGAAACACUCUCCCCCAGGCCUCGACCUCUGGUCCCUUCAGAAUGUUCCUGACUGGCCCUGGACCCCCCAGAAUGUGUCUUGCCCUCAGAGCUGCGCCCCUGCAGCAGGCCACGGAACCCGAGUCCCAUCACGAGAGCAGGAGAGUCCUUCCUGCACCCCCGUGCCUGGCGGUUCUGGUCCCCCCUCCCCUUGUCGGGCUGCUUAGUACAUGGCCGCUGAGACCCCACACCAGAGAAUGCGGCCCUGACACUCCUGCCGGGUGGGAGCUCACAAGACCCCACCUCCUGCACUCACGGCCGGCCGCGCGACGUGAUGCUUUAGUCACCUGCCACGGGACGGGCUUCCCAGGGAGGUGUGAGAGUCCGGACCCCACCGUCACUCAUCAGUACCCCUUGUGGGGGCACGGCUUUUUCUCCAGGGCUGUGAGCACCAUGCUUACUGUCAGACCUGUGACGCGCGGACGCUGGCUCGGGCUUCUUUCUUUUCAGUGGUGGAAGCUGAUGCUUCUCCAGCUUCAUGCGGCCAUAUUUUUCACUCUCCUACUUCAGUUUUGCCCUCUCUGGUGCUUCUGUCUGUUUUUGUUCCCCCCACCCCGCCCCCGGUACGUACACUCUCCUCAGAGUACACGUUACCCAAAGAUCUCAAAUGGAGGGUCCACAGUGUAGCUGUCUUCCCUGCAGUUGCGGUCUCUGAUCCCAGACGUUUGGGUCCUCUUCUCUGCUUUGUUGGUGGACUGCGUCAGGCAAAGCCUGCCGGUGAGAGAUAGUCUCUAGACAGACAUCCUGUGAGUCUGCCGCUGUACAUGUUCUUGGAAAAACCCCCAGCCCCUUCAGGGAGCCUGGCUGUGUCCUGACACUAGUCUAUUUUCAGAUGAACUUUGGUUGUGUAACCCGUGAGAUCCUUUUGGGAUAAACGAGAGCCCAGGUGCUGGACAAGGAUGAAUGGACGGUGAAGUCCACUGGGGUAACGAACUGUCUGAUCAUUUUGGCUCAAUUAAACAAAGUUCCCAUACCACA